ACGUCGCUGCCAAAGAAAGUUGAUCGUGGAAACAUGAAUCAGGCAGAAGCCAACGAACAGGCUUGGAAGUCGUUUCAAGAACAACUCAUUCCUUGUCCAAACUGUGGUCGACGUUUUUUGCCAGACCGACUUCAAGUACAUGAGCGCUCAUGCAGCAACGGGAUGAAAGGAUCGGAGGAAACAGGUACGACAAGCUAUUCCAACAGUCCACCAGUAAAACCAAGAACAGUAGUUUGUUACAUAUGCGGUCGAGAAUAUGGGACUAAGUCCAUAUCUAUCCACGAGCCACAAUGCUUGGAGAAAUGGCAUGUACAAAACAGUCAAUUGCCGCGUGAACAACGACAGAAACCACCAGUAAAACCAACGGAACUUGCGAAAGCCAGAGACAAUUAUGACUUGACAAAAUACAAUGAAGUGGCAUGGGAAGCGAGCAAGGGUAAUUUGGCUGUGGACGAACAUUCCAAACUGAUCGGUUGCCGAUUCAUGAACGUAUCUGUCUCAAACACAAAUAGCAUUUAG